AUGUCCAUCUUUUCGUCGCUCAGAAAGAGUCGCCAGCAGGCCAAGGAACACAACGCCAAGGCGGCCGAGCAGAAGAAGAAGGAAGAGGCCACGGUUCCGUACAAGCAUGUCCCCACGCACGCCGCCACGGAUGCCUUCGCAAGCGCCCCGCCGAGCUGGAGAGAGGCCGAUCGACCCCGAAUCCUCGAGCAGAACCGCAGACGGAGCUCCAUGAUGGCCAGCGGCCACCACAUGAACAUGCCCGGCGUGCCGCGCGUCGGCAGCAGCCUCUCCCGGGUUUCCUACCCCGGCCAGGGCGUCAGUCCCAUGGUCCGCAUGUCUCGAGCCCACAGCUACGUGGGUGUUUCGCCCUAUCCGGCCGGUGCUCGCGACAGCCAGGAAAUCAUGUACUCGGCUCCGGACGUGGCCUACCUACCGCAACUGUCGCUCAAGGGGAAGGAGGUUCCUCGCGCUUACGACCCGCAGCGCAUCAGCCCGGCUUCAAGCAAAGGUGAACCUUCUCCCGUGGAAAGCUUCAGCGGCUCAAACAGUUCCCAGGACGAACUCGAGAUGAAGCCUUGCAAACCCACGCCCCGGACCCCUGAAGGAGGGACUGCGCAUCGUUUGCACCCGAGCCAUGCUCGCCGAAAGUCGGAUGCUUCCGUCAGCCGGCACGCCUCGCCGAGCCCAGUCAAAACCCAGCACACGAGCCUCUCGCGCGACUCGCGCCCGCCGCCGUCGACCAGAGGCUUCGGACACAUUCCUGCCAGCGCUUCUGUGCCGCCGGUCAUGGCGGGCAUCUUGCCUGGCUCUCUGUCGUCUCAGCAUCUGUCGCCUCAGCAUCUGUCGCCUCAGCAUCUGUCGCCUCAGCAUCUGUCGCCUCAGCAUCUGUCCCCCCAGCAUCUGUCCCCCCAGCAUCUGUCCCCCCAGCAUCUGUCGCCUCAGCAUCUGUCCCCCCAGCAUCUGUCCCCCCAGCAUGCUACUGCUACCGGCCAAAGCGGGGGCAGUACGCCAUCACCUACGAAUACCCUUGCGCCGUCAUCACGUCAGGGCUCUGCUUCGUCCCUUGUCGGUCUCUCCCACACUACAACCACGAAACCUGCAGCUGCAGCCAACCCGCUCUCGUCCACAUCAAACAGGCACGACCACUCUUGGAGCUGGGCGGUCCCAUCCGAGCCAGCGUCGGACUUUGCAUCCUCGGCGGCCGUUGGCAACGGAGCUGGGAGCUCGGACGAAUCUGGUGCAGGUAUGGCCUAUGCCGGGCGACCGCAGCCCGGAUUCGGCCAAAGGCAGCCCGCAAAGCCGAACCGACAGCAAGACACGGGUCUCGUCAAGCAGAAUGUGUGGGGUGCGCAAGAUGCCGUCACCCCACCCCCGCGUGUGGACCACAGCCGGAUGCCGCCUCUAGCAGCACCCGAACAUCUCGUCAAUGUGUUUCCCGAGGAGGCAGGAUACGACGUGAUGCCACCGCCGGGCGGCGACAACAAGGUGCACAAAUCCAGCGGCGGCAGGCUUGUAAAGAAGAAGAAGGCCCAGCGAUGGUCCAACGCAAAGACACCAGCAGUUGCCGCGUAG